GGCUUCCAGAGAAUAUUCAUCCUGGAGCACGCAGGCGCUUGUCAUUAUAAAAUCAGAGCCCCGUGAACAGUGGGGGCCAUUGACUGUGAACAGGCAAUAGGUGAGAGAGCGACCCAUGGCUUCCCCGCGCACAAUAACCAUUGUCUCCCUUUCAAUGGCCCUCGGCCUGUUCUUCGUUUUCAUGGGAACGACCAAGCUGACCCCCAGGCUCAGUAAGGACGCCUACAACGAGAUGAGGCGGGCAUAUAAGAGUUAUAUAAAGGCCCUACCGGGACUCAAGAAACUCGGCAUCUCUUCGGUGCUUAUGCGAAAGACCAUCGGAUCCUUAGAGCUGGCUUGUGGGAUUGUCCUCACUUUGGUCCCGGGGCGGCCUAGAGAUGUGGCCAACUUCAUCCUCCUGCUCCUGGUACUCAUCGUCCUGUUCUUCCACCAGCUGGUCGGAGAUCCCCUAAAACGUUACGCACACGCUCUGGUCUUCGGCAUUCUGCUCACUUGCCGGUUGCUCGUGGCACGUCAGCCGGAAGAGGAACCUCACGAAGGAAAAGCAUUACAUAGAGGCAAUGGCGCCAACUCUCAAGACAGCAAGUUGAAGGUGUCUUAAAAUGUUGGCCAAGGAUUCCUCAGUGUUGAUUAACAUUCUUAACUGCUAUGAGCAUUCACAGGCCUGUAGAAAUGCAGGUGUAAUACUUUUUUUUUUAAAGUACAUAUUUUUAGCAUCAUUGCAUGUGUACUUGUGGACAGAGAGCAAUAUCUAAAUUAUUUAUAUGGCAAAUACCUCAGCAAAGUCUCUGG